GCAAGAAAGAGGAGCUGUUCUAGUAGAAGAGCACCCAGAAUCUUCAUCAAGUGAGGAGUUACUGUUUUCUACACCACAAGAUAGAGAAGUCACAUACAAAAAGAAUUCUACAUCAACCCGGCGCAGGAAAAGUAAAACCGACUCGAAGGAGCUUCCUACACCGAUCAACGCGCCGGUAACAUUCCAUCCCCCACCCUCACGGUCAGAUGUGGUGAGACGGGAAUAUGACAGACAGAGAAUGGGGCUGCAGUCAAGUGGCGGACUGUCAGCGGAUGCGCGGCCUAGAGAAUUGACAGAAGCGGCUAGAUCUGCUCCCAGGCAAAAGAAAACCAGCCCUAAAUCAGAAAGUUCAAGGACAGCUCGGUUCCAGUACGACGCCGGCGGCGCAACUCCAAGGUUCCCGGAUUACGAGGCUCGAUUGGCCGAUCAACAAGAGAUGGCGAUUUUAGCAGUUAUGAACGAAAAAGAGGCUCUUAUAUUACAGAAAAGAAAAGAUAAGCAAGCUCUAGAUGACUGGAGGGAGCGGACCAAACUUCUGCGUCAACAAAAGCAACAACUUGCUACCAUGAAGGGCUCAACACCUGUCGAGGUAAAAGCCCCGUAUGGAACGGAAAAGUCAGCCAAGGAAGAGGAAAAGUCUCCUCAUGGCUACGCCAAGCAAUUGAAGGAACUUUUAGAAGAACGAGAUGGAAAAGGAGCAGCAAGAAGGGCCCUAGGGGAUCGCGAGUUGGAGACUAGAAUCAAAGUGCACAUGGAAAAAUUAAAAGAACACCGCAAUAAAGCGUAUGGAUCGGUACAAGAAGAGCUCGAGUCCGCCAGAAGGAACUUAGAAAUGGCUCGACAGUUUCAGCGCGAGGUAAACGACAGAAAAGAGUUGGAAUAUCGCUUGAGGGCCUUCACUGGCGACGAUGUGACGUCAUCCCUCUGGAGCUCAAAGACAAAGACGAAAAAUGUUCCUAAGUAGACACAAGACUGCUCCAAGAAAAUCAUGUACAUUUGACUUAAAGAAAUUUUUGCAGAGUGGACAUUAGAAGUUUUAGAUUAAUAUAUGAUAUUUUUAUUUGAUUCGAGAAUUUUGGUUAGUGAGAAAAAAACGUUGCAGAGUCAAUUUGCUCAGAAAAUUACUUAUUUAUAUAUUUGGGAAUAGACGCUUUUUGAGUUGACUUACCUCUUCCUAUGUUGCUAUUUUUUUGGGAAGAUUCAGAGCAGUGUAACUGAACACAAUUUGAAAUUGAUUGCACCAGAUUAAAAAGUUCAAUUAGAAUACAGACUUGGUACUUUGACGAUGUAAUUAACUGUCCAGAAAGGAGCUAUUAAGAGCGCGACCAUACUGUUGUAAAAAUGACUUGAUUUAAAUAAUUCACCGUUACAAAUAAACUUGAAUAUACA